GUCGGUCAUUGACUGCGGCAUCUCACAACGUGGGCGUGUUCAUUAUUUACGUGGAAGGCGUAGAAGCUCACAUGGGUUCUGCUGUUGUUUGAUGCUCCUUCGCCAUCGUUGGCAUAAAUAAAACCCAACGAGCUCUCCUUCAUUUACAUCAAUCUACCGACCCUAUUCCUCCGCCUCUGCUUGAUUUCUCCUCCAUCGCAGCCUGUGCGACCUCGAUAGAUCUCAGGGUUCGCGUCUGAUAUGGCUUCCUCCAAGGCCACCGCAUCCAUCCAUGACUUCACCGUCAAGGAUGCCAGGGGAAAUGAUGUGGAUCUUGGCACUUACAAGGGGAAAGCAUUGCUGAUUGUCAACGUUGCAUCACAAUGUGGGUUGACUAAUUCGAACUACACUGAGCUGAGUCAGCUGUAUGAGAAGUACAAGAACAAUGAUUUUGAGAUUCUGGCAUUUCCAUGCAAUCAAUUUGCGGGACAAGAACCAGGAAACAAUGAAGAGAUUGUUGAGUUUGCUUGCACUCGAUUCAAAGCUGAAUACCCGAUAUUUGAUAAGGUUGAUGUGAAUGGUUCAAACGCUGCACCCUUGUACAAGUUCAAGUCCAGCAAAGGUGGCCUUUUUGGGGAUGGCAUCAAGUGGAACUUCACCAAGUUCUUGGUGGACAAGGAUGGGCACGUGAUUGAUCGCUAUGCCCCAACCACAUCCCCGCUUAGCAUUGAGAAGGAUAUCAAAAAGGUUUUGGGGAUUGCCUAAAUUUCACAUGCUUGUGAAUUCGGCACCAAAUAAAUGAUGGUAUGAAUAAUGUGCUGCUCUAUGCAAGAUUCUGGUUGCAUGAAGGAUCUUACCAAUUGCACAAGAGACUAUUAUAUCAGGUUCAUUUGGUUGACAGCUUUAUCUUGGUAUAUUGGCAGAUGUAUUCAUUAUAAAGAUAAGAGAUUUCUCAUAUAAAUCCUCUGUAGGUUUUUAUGACUCUUACAUUUAUCCUAUGGAUCUUUUGGUCAUAA